CUCUCCCCGCGCGCUGUCCUUGAAUGCGCCUCUCACGGCCUGCUCGCUUCCUCUUCCUCGUGCUUACCUCUUCCUCCCCUAACUUAGCCGUCUCGCGCCACCAGGGCCGCGUCCUGCCGCCACUAUGGCGCUCGUAGCGAACGAGGGGUUUCAGCACAUUCUGCGCGUGCUCAACACGAACGUGGACGGGCGCACCAAGAUCAUGUACGCGCUCACGUCCAUCCGCGGUAUCGGCCGCCGCUUCGCCAACAUCGUCUGCAAGAAGGCGGACGUCGACCUCAACAAGCGGGCGGGCGAGUUGUCGGCGGCGGAGCUGGAGAAUCUGAUGGUCAUCGUGGGCAACCCGCGGCAGUUCAAGAUCCCGGACUGGUUCCUCAACAGGCAGAAGGACCACAAGGACGGCCGUUUCUCGCAGGUGGUGUCCAACGGGCUCGACAUGAAGAUGCGCGACGACCUCGAGCGCCUCAAGAAGAUCAGGAAUCACCGUGGGCUGCGCCACUACUGGGGCCUGCGCGUGCGUGGUCAGCACACCAAGACCACUGGCCGCCGCGGUCGCACUGUCGGUGUGUCCAAGAAGCGAUAAAGAUCCUCCUAACACCGUCCCAUGUGUAGCAACGUGUCGAAGUCUCAACCAUCUGAGAUGUAAUGCAUUUUGCCAUAUGUACCUAUUGAGUUCCUGCUUGGGUUUUACCACUUAGCCUUCCACUAACAACAAAGGCACCACCUCAGUGAAGGAAUAUAGCUUGGAUCUUGACCUGUGAAGUUGGGUAGGAGGAGCUGGAAAUAAAUAACCGUAGUUGUCACGUGGUAGGUGUUGUGAUAAAAGAAAGCGUACUUA